CUACUUUGUACUAAUUUUAUUAUGAAUAAAAAAUAAAAAAUAUUUGGUUAUGCAUAAAACAACACAUAAAUUAUUUUAAAAUAAUAAUAUAUAUUUUAUAAUUAGGUAACUCUUAGGCUGACCGCAAACCGGUAGAGCAAAAACGCUUUUCAUUGACGACCAACCCACUGAUAAAGCGCAGACAGAACAAAACAUUUUUGCCUUUAGUCGUGAUUAAUGAUGCUUUAUUGAAAUAGAACGUGCGCUAUUUUGAUUAUCAAGCAGUCGCUGGAUAAUUGUAUCAAAAUUAUGCCCAAAAAUUAUUUAUGCUAAAUUGUCUACAUUGUAAAGGCAAUUAAAUGAAAUCAACCAGGGCCUGAGAUACAUUCGAUUUCAGGAGACAUACUUUUGAACUCAAUGAAAUAAUAGAUUUCCAUAGACAAAACAAAUCUGCGGGAAGCGUAGUUCUUUAAACACAAUUUUAUUAUUUAUAAAACGUUUAAACUAAAAGUCAUAAACACAAAUUAGAGAAGUAAACUCGUGUGGUACUCGUUAUCACUACCAGGUAACAGUUACAAUCACCGUUGUACUCACGUUCGUCUCUACAUCGUGGUUGUACCGAACCGAAACAUUUGGAAGCCAUUCCUCCGCUUCACUACCACCCCCUCCCCGCUAACCAAUCAGUCGUUACCAGUCCUAUAUAUUAUCUUGGUCCGUGAGUCCGGUUUAUCUAUAACCUCCUUGGAUGACAUCACACUAAUACAGCCAUAGAGUAAUAUCACUAUGUAUGAACGCAGCAUAGAUAUCUGUGGAAUACAGCACGGCGGGGGGAAAAAUGAAAAUUGUACUUUUGUUGGUUAAAGUUGAUAUGAAUAUUUUUCACCAUGAACCAAUAAACCACGAUCGAGGUAGUAUUGGUAACAGAAAACGCAGUACAUACCUUAAGCGGUCUUCUAUUCUUUUGAUUGCGAUUUUUACAAUGAUCUACUGAAGUCUCGUGAGUUGAAGUUCCGCAUGAUUUUGACAAUUCACCGACUGUUUGUAAAAUUAUUAAAAUAAAAUUAUAUUAAACGGUCAUAUUUCAUUACUGAAAAAAUUGUCGAUAGUGUGUUAUCACAAAAAUUUGUGAAUUUUGAGCCACCCGGAGAAAAAGACGUGACGUCAACUUAUGGUUACUACAUUUGUGUCUUCUGUCUGCGUCAUUGAAGAUUUUCGGUACAAUUUUCUCCUAUACAUUAUGUUAUUAUUUAACGACCAUAAUUUAUUAUAAAUUUAUAACGUACAUUUUUCUGAACCGAUAAUUAAUAUUAUUUACUUAUACAAUAAUAUCCGCUAGGUAUGUAAAAACUCCGAUCGUCCAGAAAUUUGUUUUGGACGCGCAUCUCCCGCGGUGGGUGGUAAGUUCGGAUUUUACAUCUUGACUCCAAUAAAAAUACUACAACGAUGUUCUGUUAUCUAGGUUAACGGUAUUGGUGUCGCUGUGUUUGAGUUAAUUCCUUAUUUGCAGUAAUGCAGUAUGUAUGUACCUUUGCCAAACUAUCAUAUUAUAGUGUCUAUUGUAGUUAAUCUACAAAAUUAAGUGGUCGUAUUUGAUCUAUUGAUGUAUUAUAUUACCUUACCAUACCAAUUGGCUUGGUUAGCUAUUGUAUAACAUUAAAAGUUGUACAAUAUUUCACUUGAACAGAUAUUAUUAUGCAGAAUAAAAUAAAAGCAUCCACUGUCCACUAAAAAUUAAUAUUUUCUUUGUAUACCUUUAAAUUUAAAUUCAAAGUUAUAAUAUUAUAAUCAUUAUAUUAAUGUUAGACAACAGUAUUCGUUUGAAUAUAAUUGUUUUUUAUUGUAUUUGUAUACCUUAAUCUUUUUUAAUUAAAUUCCGCUUUUUUUCUAACAUUCAAAUAAAAGUCUGAUAGGUAAAUAUUAUUUAUUUUGUUCCAAAGUUAAAUUUUAAACUGAUAUUUUCACUUAGGUAGAGUUUACAUUAAGUAUUGCUUUUUAAAACUUAUCAAAUUCACUAGCAUUCUAGAAACAUGGAUGAAAUAAGUAAAACAUUAAAUAAUAAUUUGUUUAUAUUAUCAAUUUAAUUCAGUUCUGUGCCCAAGAAACAUGUUAAAUAAAAAAAAAUUGAUUGAUUAUAAUGCUAUGACUGCAAAUUUGGAAUAAAACUAAUUACUUAAAUGAGAAAAAUAUAACUAAGUAUUAACAAGAGACAUAAUAAAAUGCAAUAGUAUAAAGGUUCAAGACAUUUGUAAUUAGUUUUGUGAAAAUAAAUUGAGCGAAAUGAGUACAGCGAGAAGCGAUCUUAAAGUUGAUUUAUUGACUAGAAAUAGUCAUUUGUGAUUGAGGAAAAGCCUACCAAAAAAUGUCCAAUGGCAUUUAUGUGUUUAUUUACAAUUGAAAUUAACCACAAAAGAUUUGAACCAUAACAUAGGUAUUGAAUUAAUAUGUACAUUAAUUGGUCUGAUUAGUAUAUAUGUUCAUGGGUCUGAUUCAUGUUUUUACAUUUUAUGAUAGACAAUUUUUCUCUACAUUUUGGUGCAACAAUAUACCUCUGGCUACUAGAUUAGCUAAUAUUGUAUAAAAGGAGAUAUCUGGUUUAACAUUUUUGGUGCAAUAAUAUGCUAUUUCCAGAGAUAUCUAUGUUUUUAUUGUAAUUAUAUAUGUGAUUUUACUUAAUUAUUGGUUCUUUAAUAUUAUUUAAUGCAUAUGAUGCAAGUAUUUUUGAGAUAUAUUUUUAAAAAAAACAUGGAUUUUGAGACAAACAAUUAUUUUAUAUUUCCACUAAAUUAUACUUUAAUAAAUUUAAUUUAUGUAUUUAAAUUUAUUCAAAAAUUAUAAGACUAAGUACUCCAAAGUAUAUAGGUAAGUAUGUUUUUUAAAACGCUAUUUAAUCAAAGAAGGGUUAAUAAAACUGUUUUAUGUCUCUUUAAAAUUUAAAAAAGUGGAAAUUACCCAUUAUUACUUCAGACCCUUUCAUUUCUACCUAAUUAAUACCAUUAAAUAUUAUAAUAUUAUAAUUGUUAUAAUUUCAGAAUUUUGUUAUAAAAAAACUAUUUUUAAUAAAAUACUCAUGAGUUAACGAUUAUGAUAAUUUAAUGUUAAAAAAAAUAAUACAAAUUUUAAUAGUUGACAUCCUAAGAAAAUAUGUACAGUAAAUCCAAACUGAUUAUUUUACUAUGUAUUUAUAACAAAAAUGAAGUUCAAGCAAAUAGUUUUUUGUUCUAAUAAGUAACAAAUAAAAAUGUUUUGUUUGUGGACAUUAUUCUUAUUAUAAUUCUUUAUUUCAGAUAAUUUAAUGUUUGGUGUAAAAUAACAAUAUUAUGCCUUGGUGUGUAGUGAUUGGUUGUAGGAACAAUUUGAAAGCUACAAAAAGUGCCGGGAAAGAUGUAUCGUAUCAUAUUUUCCCAAAAAAUCCAGAACGCCGUAGUGCUUGGAUUAAGAUUUUAAAUCGGCCUUUCAAGUUUAACGCAGAUUCAUCAUACAUCUGUUCGGAACAUUUUAUUCCUGACGAUUUUGAAUGUAAUAGUUUGAAAGAGGAAUUACUCAAUAUUAAAAUUAAGAAGCAACUUAAAAAAACUGGUGAAUAUUGUAUAGUUUAUAUGUUUUAAAGAUAACAAUAAAUGAUUAAACACUACUGAAAAUGCUAUUACCUAUUUUUUUAUUGUUAUUUAUAGCAAAUUAAUGAUAACUAAAUUUACUUUUUUAGCUAUUCCGUCUGUUAAUAUACCUAAGUCAUCAAGAGAAAAACUGCCAGAAGUUUCUAUUGACCUUUCAAAUAGUCAAAAUCCAAAUUAUAUUAAUAUUAAUGUAUGUAUAGUUGCACUUGAUUUUAUUUAAUAUUAAUGAAUACCUAUUUUAAAUGUGUCGCAGUUAUCUUGAAUAGUAAUAACUAACUAGUUUUUACAAUAGAAAUAUUUGUCAAUUUGUAAUCUAAACCGACUAAACCAAUUAUUUUAAUAAUUUGUGUUUACUAUUUAAUUAAAUUUUCUUCAUCUACAGUUAAAAAAUAUGAGCGAAACUGAUAUGCACUGUCACUGUGCUGUUUCUAUGUGCCCAAAUCGGACAUCUGAUUCGUUAAAUAGUAGUAAUGAUAUUUUAUUCCACAAAUUCCCAAAUGAUGUAAAAGUACUUGAAAAAUGGUUAAAAUUCUGUAAUGAUUCAAAUAAUCAAAAUAAAAGCUUAGUUGACUAUCAAAAUGCUCUAAUUUGUUCAAAACAUUUCCUUAAAGAUAAUUAGAUAUAAUUAAAUAUUAUCAAAUUUGAUAAAAUUUGAUACAGAUAUAAAAUAUAUUUUUAUUUUAUUGUAAAUUUUAAUGUAAGAAUCAUUUAAAAAUUUAAUUUCUUAAAUUAUGUUUUUAGUCUAUGGCAUCAAUAAAAGAAUUGAAAAAAGAUGCAGUGCCAUCCAUCAAUAAUCCGACAAAAAUUCUAAAAAGCAAUAAAGAAGAAUCCAUUAGAUUAGAGCGUAAAAAACUUGUGGACAAGUUGUUAGCUGAUUAUGAAGAGCGACAAAAAAAUGAAGGUCGUUUAAAAAGCAUGGUAAACAAGUAUCCUUGUUUUUUUUCUCCAAAAAUUGACCCAAAUGCCAAACUUGGUGAUAAACUAAAAUUAUUAAAAGCAAUAGAUAAUCCAGAAUCUUAUUGUCCUCCUAAAAAAAGAAAAAUGACAACAAAAAGUAUGUUAGGUAAUGUAGAAGUACUGCCAUAUAAACAGGCAUCUUCCAGUAAAGAACAAGUAAUACAAAUAUCGGCAGUUAAAGGCGGACUUAUGUUACACGCACUUCCACAAAUUGGUGGUAGUCCUUCAAAUACUUGUUUUGAAAAUAAUACUAGCGAUGACGAAAAUGAAAUCAUUAUUGUAACUGAAGAUGAAGCAACCUAUGAUUUCAAUCUUACAGUGGACACAGAGAAACAUAAAGAAAAUAACACCGAAGUAAUCAUUGUAUCCAGUUCAAAAGAAACUGAAGACAUGGACACCGCUAUGCAUGUAGAGAGUGAAUCUACGGAUUCUUUGACUAAAACACUUUCCAAACCAAUUGACAGUAACAAAUGUUUUGAAGAUCAAUUUAAAAAUAAUAAAAGUUCAUCCAAUACAGUUUGCAAUACUCAAGUAACAUUAUGUGAAGACAAAGGGUGCCAAGUAAUUAUUCCAUGCAAAGGUUGUGAACAAAGAAGUCUUAAGAUUAAUAAACUUUUGAGAGAAAGAACAAGGAUGUUGAGAGACCUCAAUCAAAAUGGUAUAUGGAAAGAUCCCGACGAAAUUAAUACAUUAAAAAAACUGAACGGUGUGUUAUCUUUGUUGUUAUUGCAAUGUAUUGGAGAAAAAUAUGGUAAAAAAUCAAGAGCAAUACGGGUGGAUAUAGUGCAGGAUUCUAUUGAGAGAAUAAACCGUGGAUGGUCAAUGCAAGAGACAUCAGAAACAUUAUGCCAAGUAUUGAGUGCUAAUGCCUAUGAUGAACUCGCGAGAUCAUUUUCGAUAAUUAAUGAAGUAUAAUUUUAAGAAGGCAUAAUAUAUUAUACUGUCCAUUGAAUAUUAAUUUACUCAAUAUCUUAAAAAUAUUUGACCACAGGGUUUAAACAGUUUUCUUUGUUUAAUGUUGUAUUUAAGUGUUUCUUAUAUUAUUAUGAGGCAUACUUUUCUUUAAACUACUAUUUGAACUUUUAUGUAAAUAAAAUAUUUCUGAAGGUUUUAUAUUAUUAUUCAUGACAAUAUAGUUAUGUUAUUUAGUUUUGUAUUUAUAGGAUUGAUUAUAGAAUACAAUUUAUUUAUAUUAUAUUCAUUAUAUAGUAUAUUUUUCGAUAGGUACCUGAAAUUUAUUUUAUUAUUAUUAUUAUUUAUUUAAUUUUUUUAACAACAAUUUUAAUUUUCUAAGUUUAAUGCAAACAGAAAUAUAUUUUUUGAAACAAAAUAUAUCAUUUUGUUGCCAAUUAAUAAAAAAUUAAGUAUUUACAAUUGGUAGAUUGAUUACUUACCUCUAAGGCUUUAAAUAAUCUUAGUGUAUAAAAUCUAGGACUAUCCUUUUAUAAUAACACAAAAAUAAAGCGAAGACCCCAGAGAACGAGCCCAG